UGAUGCUUCAUCAUUCAUCGUCAAAAAUACGUUUACCCAUUUUGAAUUCGUCAGAACGAGAAUAUCAUAUCAACCCCCCUUACAAUACUACCUUGGUGCAGAGAUUGAACCCUUCAAAGUCCAAAGUGUAUGAAAGAAAGAAGACCGAUCACUUGACGCAAAUACUUGUCAAUUCCUUCUUAGCCUCCAAGGAUUUUAUUUGGAACAAAGAAAUAAGUGCUUGAUAUCAUCAUCACCAUCAUCAUCCACCAUCAUCAUCCACCAUCAUCAUCCACCAUCAUCAUCCACCAUCAUCAUCACCCCUCACUCGACCGACCUAUUGAAGAACCUUAUUUGGAUGCUCUCUCCAACAACGAGAACUGUACUCGAAUAGUCUGCUCCCAUCUCACAUUGCAACCAUACUUUACUGUGCAGUCGUAUUCAGCUAGUCUCCUUACCCCUCAUCCCAUUCUUCAACUCAACUUGACAACUUCGAUCAAACUUACACACCAUUUAUCUGAUCAUCCCUUGAAGUACCCUCACAUCAAUCAUCAUAUCCAUUACGCAAAUCGACCUUUAGUAUCGAAAACUUAUGUACUUCACAUCUCAAACACUAUCUCAAACACUCUUGGAAUCAAUUUGCGAAAUACCAAAACCAGUCCGAUCGUCAUACCCUAUCUAAUCAACAAUCUUCGAUCCCACUAUUAAAUAGUCCGGGGUUGAAGUUUAAAUUAGGAAGACUAAAUUACGCAUGAGAACCACUUGAAAAGAUUUUUGAUCUUUUUUAGUCUGACCGAGGUAGACGAGCAUUUAUCCAUACGUGGUCGAUUGAUCGAAUACUUACUACAAUAUCUACACUUAUCCACAAAAUUAAAGAAAGUUUCUUCAUCAAGUCUUCACUUCCAACUUCCCCUCCGCUCAAGAUAUACCAAAGAGAAUCACCUAUCUACCUCGAAAUUCCAACUUCAACCUUCAACCUUCAACCUUCAACCUUCAACCUCCAACCUAAAAAACCGCAAAAAUGAACGCACCUCUUACAUCUUCCACUCAUACCACCUCCACAUCAAACUACUUCCAACCCUCUCCAACCUCCUCCUCUUCCUCCAGCGGACCAACUUCUGCUCCUCAACCAACCGCACAACAAGCACCAAAAAGAUCAUCAAGCCAAGAUGAAACAAAUCCAUUUUUAAAGGAUUUUAAUUUGAUAGCCGAGGCAGCCAAAAGGGCACAAAUGGCUUGUUUGAUGAGAGAUAUGGAAGGAUGUGGGUUGUAGAAUUUGCAAGUUGGGGAGAAUUGCAUGAAAAUUGUGGUGAUGGAGAGGGGUACAUAUGAUGUGCGAGGGAUAUCAUUCAUAUGUGGUUGUGCGAAUAUUUUCUGAUGCACCAAGGAUAUGGAGUUCAAAGAGUGUCUCUCUGUGGAAGAAAGCAAAGAGAAAAAUCGAUGAAUAUCACCCACCAGUUUUACAAACAUCCGCAUCUCAUCUCGAUUCGCACCGACUCACCAAUCUCCUCAUUUUUACCACAUCAUCCACACACUCUCCCUCUCCCUCUCACUCUCACUCAA